AUGGAACUCAACACCAAAAACAAGAAGAGGUCUCUCUUCGCUUUCAUCUCACUCGUUUUCCUUUUCUUGCUAUCAUUCAAUGGCGCUUCCAUUUUCUCCGUCAAUAUUCCUUCACUUGAUCGCACCGCCCAAUCGCCGCCAAAAUUAGGCCGACAUUCAAGAAACUUGAUCUCGGUAUCUUCUUCUUCACCAUCAUCUCCAUUGAUGCACGCAGUAAAAGAAGAAACGCCAUCUGAAAUUUCAAUACCCCAUCUGACGUUACAAGCAAACUCAGAAGAAACUGAAGUCACCGGCACCGGAGAUCCAAUAAACUUCGUCUCUGUACCCUUUUUCAAGCACCCAGUACAACAACGGCGAGAAAAAAUGGCGAUCGGAAAACAAGAAAACCUAAACCCACAUGUAAUUCCGAACACCCAUUUGCCACAUUCCCGUAAAUCACACAGUUUCACGAUUGAAUCUGAGGAUUCAUCCUCAACCAGAAACAAGAAACUACUGAAGAUGUUGACUGCUUUUGGGUCUUCUCGCGGCCGCCGGGGUAUAGAUUUUCCGGCGAGGGUGAAGGAGUUCUUUAUGAAGAAAAACGACGGUGGUUCUUGCAAGGUCCGUUUCUUUAUGACUUGGAUUGCACCAGUGAAUGCGUUUAAUGAAAGGACGUUUCACUCAAUUGAAUCCAUAUUCAAAACAAAUCCAAAUGGGUGUCUUCUGAUUGUAUCAAACUCAUUGGAUUCGAUCAAAGGAAACAGGAUUCUCAAACCCUUUUCCGGAAAAGGGUUCCGAGUAACAGCAAUUUCUCCUGAUUUCGAUUACUUGUUCAAGAGCACCAUGGCAGAAUCUUGGUUUUCAAAGCUAAUCCGAGGUCAUGUUCAUUCCGGCGAUGUCCCAUUAGGCCAAAACAUCUCGAAUCUCCUUCGACUUUGUUUGUUAUACAAAUACGGUGGUGUUUAUCUCGACACCGACGUAAUAGUCUUGAAAUCUUUCUCCAAAUUAAAGAACUCAAUCGGAGCGCAAACAGUUGAUCAAAAUUCCAAGAACUGGAGCAGAUUGAACAAUGCAGUCAUGGUAUUCGACAAAAUGCAUCCCUUACUUUACAAAUUCAUCGAAGAAUUUGCAUUAACUUUCAAUGGCAACAAAUGGGGUCACAAUGGUCCUUACUUGGUUUCAAGGGUGGUAUCAAGACUCCAUGGGAGACCUGGAUACAAUUUUACCAUUUUACCCCCGAUGGCGUUUUACCCGGUUAACUGGGACAAGGUUCGGAUCCUUUUCCGUGAGGGUAAAAACGAGACAGAUGCAAGAUUUCUGAGGGGGAAGUUGGAACAAAUUCGAGACCAAAGUUACACUGUUCAUCUUUGGAAUAAGCAAAGUAGAGGGCUUCGUAUGGAAGAUGGAAGCAUUCUUAAGAAGAUUUUAUCAGAUCAUUGUGUUUUCUGUAAUUCAUCAGCCAGCGACUAUAUUGUAAGUACAAUGGGAUAA